CGGUAACCAUGGUAACACGCUUCCUCGUUCCGCAGCCUGCUCGUGGCUUCCGGUUUGCCUUACCGUCUGGCUGUGAUGUAGGGCGCGGGGUCUUAAAGCCGUCAUGUUCCACAGCACGUGGGGCCCCGGGUGCGGGAUUAGGGCGGUGCACACCGGGCUGACGUGCGGGGUGCUGUCGGUGCUGUUCCUGCAUGACACUGAUUUGUUUUCUCAGGAGAAUGCCUGGAUCCACCCAAAGCCGUUCAUGUUUGUCCUGUUGGUCGGGUGCUCCACAGCGCUGUAUUAUGGGGUGUCGCUCAUGGACCCGGGCUAUAUACUUACCGACUAUGAUGAGAAGUAUGAUCCCCGUCCAGGGAAUGAGGGGCAGGAAAUGACAUCACUGAACCCCGGGGCGGUGCGGACGAGGCGCUGUGGAUACUGCCUGUUAAAGCCGAUGAGAUCUCGGCAUUGCAAAUCCUGCCAGCGCUGUGUGCGGAGGUACGAUCACCACUGCCCCUGGAUUAGUAACUGUGUGGGAGAGAAGAACCAUCGCCUCUUCAUCUUGUACCUGGCUCUUCAGCUGAUGGUGCUGCUCUGGGCUUUCCACAUCGCGUGGUCUGGAUUCCAUGCUGAAGAGACCUGGACCGAGUGGCUGCACGCCAACAUCUUCUUGCUUGCGGCCUUCAUUGUGAUUGGCAUCUUCACUGUGGUGGUGAGCCUGCUGCUGGUAAGCCACCUGUACCUCAUCUCCUGCAAUGUCACCACCUGGGAGUUCAUGUCCCACCAUCGCAUCUCCUACCUCAAGCAGUGCGACUCUGACACUAACCCCUUUGACAGGGGCAUCCUCCGCAACCUGUGGAGCUUCUUCUGUACGUGCGGGAACGUGGUCUGGGAGCGGGUUUAUUUCAGAGACAUGCUUAAUGCUGUGUGAGACAAACCAAAUCCCCUAUAGAAAGCGCAGCGCCUGGCAUUGGCCUCGGGUAUUGCUAGUAGGUGCCGUCGCCAAAACCAGUGUUGUGGUUUUAUUGUUUCUCAGGACAAUGGGGACAGUGCUCAGAAAUCCAGAUCACUGAUCCUCCCUCUACAUCCACAGCAGCCGACCUGUAUACAGAGACUACACUGAUAAGGAGGUGUGUGCUGGCACAGUCAGUAUUUAGAGGGUACGUCCACUUUUGCAUCCAAGCGUCAAAAAUUAAACAACAAAAAAAAGUUAUUUCAGAGCUACAGUUGCGUGUAUACAGCUCCUAAUUUCCAUAAUUAAGGGGAAUUCCGGUUAUAUACACACAGGAUAAGGGAUAACUAUGAGAGCGGUGGGCACCCCAUACUCCAUGG